AUGGCAACCGAGUGGCAGCCCGAGGCGCCUCCCAUGAGCCGGCUGUUCGUUCACACUGCAGAACUGGCCCAAUGGGUCCACUGCGAGGAACAACCGGCAGCCCCCGUGCGGUACAGGCUGCUGGGUCAACUGGCGGAAAUUACUACCACCGGAGAAUCGAUUGAGCUGCACAUCAGAGACUUGCCCGAGUUUGGAAAUGCCGGGCAGGAAGGUAUAAGAGCAGUUGUGGGAAGUCGAGUCUACGAGUCGCGAUUUGUCGAGAAUGCGGGCGUUGAUAAGGAAAUUGCUCGAGCAGGCUGUGCGUUGAGUGUCUGUCUUGGUGUUGUUCUACAGCGGGAUGGAACGAGAAUUCUUGAAGUGUUUGACGUGCAAGUGCUGAAAAGACGGGAGAUCGAAAGGCUACGCUACUUUAUCUGUUCUUCACUUGGGUCUGAAUUGAUCCGGUCUUAG